GGUGUAAGAUGUCUGGACAUAGGAAAAUAUCUGAUGAAGAAAGAAAGCGUAUUAAACGUGACCGGGAACGAGAACGGAGGCGUAAAAUAAGAGAAGAUCCGGAAAAACGUGAGGAGCAGCGGGAAAAAGAGCAUCAGAAAUACUUGCGUCAACGAAAGAAUAAACAAAGGAAGCUUGUUUCGGAAAUGACAGAAAGAGAAAUUAGAUCGCAACGCAAGAAAUGGACACAAUAUACAAAGUCUCACCGAGAUCGAUUAAGACUAAGAUCAUCCGAAAACGCACAUGUGCCAGAUCAUUUAACGAAACAGUUAGAUGGAAGAAAGGAACAUGCAAUAAAGAAAAGUAAUAGAAUGAAACUUAAGCGACAUCGAGAAAAAAGAAAAAAUGAAGCUAAAAUAGCAGACCUUAAAAAAAAAGUUGGAAAGUGGAAGAAAAAGUAUUCUCGCCUAAAGAAGUCAAUGCAUCAAAAUAAAAAUGUUGCUCAACAAACUAGUUCCCCAUCAGUUUCACCUGGAACUAGAGUACAACAGAUCAUAGAAAGGUCUUCAAUACAGCAAAAAAGAGUAGAUGAAAUUAAAAAACAACUUAUUUUUGGGGAGACCAUCAAGGACCAGCUGUCAGAGAGUUAUAAAUCGUUAAGCCCAAAAGAAAAGAAGGUAUUUAGGAAAAUAAUGGAUGGAAAAAUUAUUAAGAAGUACAAGCUUCAGCGAACGUGUUCCAAAGUUUUUCGAUAUACAAAAACAAGAGUAGUGGAAUACAGCCAUAGGAAUGUAGAUGUUAAGUAUCAGAAAAACCGAAGAGCAUCUGAAAAUAGGAAUAAAAUUGUGGCGUUCUUACAGGAAGAUGUUAAUAGCCGGAUUUGCCCCGGUAAGAAAGACUAUGUUACAAAGAAUAAAUUCACCUAUCAAAAAAGAUAUUUAACAAACACUUUGAAGAAUUUGUUCAAAGAGUUUUGUAAAAAAUACGCCGAUGUCAAGGGGCAUACAUUACUGUUGUGGUUCCUCCCGCAGCGGAAACAGCCCGGAGAGCGACCAGACGAUGUGAACUGCUGUAGCUGCGGCAGCGCCAUGUUUGAGCUGUUGCCCCCACUCCUGCGCGUGCCUCCUUGGCUCCGCUGCGCUGCAGGUACUGCUGUCCCUCUAUGA